AUGCAGCCUGCCGCACCUUUAGCACACCGCAAAUGUCUUAAAGGCUGCGCACCAAAUUUGCAGAAACGAUUGGGAGUAACAUUCACAGCUGGAAACGAAGAAAUACCCAGCUACGCCUGCGCGCACUCUGCAUAUCAUCUUAUUUGCAAAGAACCUUCUUUGAAGGAACAAAUGGUGCUACCGCGCCGCUUUCGUAAGACGGCUCGGAAAAGUCGUCCAAUCUAUGAAGACGAGACGAAACCGAAGGAAGAAGGCCUCAGGGCGGCGUUGAAAAGGCGUAACUCGUGGGCGGACAGACACCCUGGGAUUAAUUGGAAAAGCGGAAAGUGCUACGGUUCUUUUGCCGGUCUUCUAAAUUUUGUGACAAAUCAAGUUCUUAGGAGAGGAUCCAAGGUAACUUCGAGGUCAUGGUCUCAAAGAAAUGAGUUUGUUCAAACUUCAUGUCAACCCUUCAUGCCUCAAGCAACGUCCUUCAACCCAAAGAUUGUCUCACUGCGCCCGACUGCACAGACACCCGUGCAUCCGCAGGCGAUCCCUGCUGCCCUGUCAAACGGCUCAGACCCCGCUUUGGGUCCCUCGCGUCAUUCCGCCAUCCUGAAAUCCAGAGUCCUUUCUGAGCCAUUUCCUAUCACAGCCACGUUAUCGGAUAUGCUCGGAGCGCCAAUCAUAGCCUCAAGAGGUGAGGCUACGCGCCACGCCACCCCACUCAAGCAACAGGUCAUUACAUUGAGUCCACCGAACUCUGGGUCACCUCUUCUUUCAGCUUGGUCCUUUGAAACUACGGGGUUUCCUUCGCGAACCCGGGUCCGGGUCACCACCCCUUGUGGCGUCGCGAAGGCUUCACCGCGCAAGAAAAAGUGCUACUAUCCGACACACCAAGUCGAGGGUAACGUCUUCAGCGGCGCGCGCACGCUCAGUGUGCGACGCGGACUUGAUGCUGUGAUAAAGAAGAAUGAAUGCGUGUGGCUUAUUGAAAUGAGCAAAUAUAGUGAGACCCUCUGCGAUGCACAGAGGAGGCAACAAGCCAUCACUAGGAUUGUAGAGCCACCCGUUCAGCUGUAUUGUAGCUUCUUGGGAGAUGAAAAUUCGUGCCCAACCUGCUACAUGAAGGUUGGCAUGGAAUGGAAUAAGGAAACCCAUCACGAUUUUUGCCCCACAUUUUUUUCACAGGAUAAUUCUCAUACCCUACUUUCAUUCAAGGUUCCGGGGUUCAAGAUGUGGAAUGAUCAUCCAGCGUUGUCCUGCACUGUUGAACUGGACGAGAUACUGAAGGUAGAUAAUGACAUAGGAAUUUUCCUUCAUUAUCAGAAGCAAAAUAUUUCCUUUUCAUUUUCAGUUCUGCACACAACGGCUGCCGGCACAGCUAUUUUCGCGGCGGAAACUCGGAACAUAUUUUACGCAUCCGGUAUGUCAUGUACACAGCACAUCUUGAUGCUUUGCCAUAUUCAGCGCGGAAUUCUCAAUUUUCCUAAAUAUCUCGGCUUCACAGCCUGGUCCCUAAAAACCUGUUUGCCUUUUCGUUGGUAUUGUUUGCCUAUUUUCAAGACAUAUCAAGCCGCAAUUAUGGUGAACACACGCGCCACUUUAGCACAUGAUUGGAAAAGAUCCCACGCUCCACAUUUACGGGGGGGUUUAUCGACCCACACGAUAAUCACUCUCCCUUCAAGGGCGAACUUCCUUUUCACUUCUGAAGUCCAUGCUUGCACCUUUCACAACUUACAGCAAUUCCUCAUUUCAUGCCACGAUGAAUCGACAUCAUUCUACCCUCUCUCCCGCGCCAUUACGCGCUUUAAAAUUCAACUUACUCUCAACGCGAACCAGAGGAGACACCACCCAGUUCGGAUAAGCGGAUGGAGCACGCCCGGCAUUAGAGUGAAGGACCAGCACGUGGAUAUUAGCCUCGAUGUACCCUUGUCGUCAAAUGCAGCGGCAUUAGACCCACUUGGUAAAUAUCACGAGAACCUCGUAAAUACCUCUAUGCACGUUGAAUGA